UAUAUAUAUAUAUGAUAGAAAUGCCAUUUCUCUCUCCCCUGUCUCAUUUCCUCUCUCUAUAAGAAAAGAAUUGGUUUUCAAUUUCAAUGGCGAUUCUAACAUCGUUUUUGACGUUCAAAACCAAGAAAGCCAAUCUCUACAAACUCACACUUAUCACAAUCUUAUGCACUCUCUUUUACUUGAUAGGUUUCUACCAAAAUUCCCGUGGCAGUAUCCCUCUCGUCAACCCAUCUUCCUCAGUCUCCGCCAUCUUCUCCUGCGCCCCACCAAUCCGCAACACCACCCUCGACUUCUUAGCUCACCAUUACUCCCCUGACCCACCACUUACGGUGGCUCGUGCACCUCACCUCCCUCCUUGCGACCCCGAAUACACCGAGUACAACCCAUGCGAGGAUGGUCAACGCUCCCUCAAAUUCGACAGGGACAGACUCAUAUAUAGAGAGAGACACUGCCCAGAAAAGAAGGAGCUUUUAAAGUGUCGUGUGCCGGCUCCUUUUGGCUACAGGGUUCCGUUUAGAUGGCCGGUGAGUAGGGAUUUUGUGUGGUAUGCUAACGUUCCUCAUAAGGAAUUGACGGUGGAGAAGAAGAAUCAGAAUUGGGUUCGGUUCGAAGGGGACCGGUUCAGGUUCCCUGGUGGUGGAACAAUGUUUCAGCGAGGGGCUGAUGCAUAUAUUGACGAUAUUGGCAAGUUGAUCAAUCUCAAAGAUGGGUCGAUAAGGACCGCCAUUGAUACUGGUUGCGGGGUUGCAAGCUUUGGAGCCUACCUUCUCUCAAGGAACAUUGUGACACUGUCGUUUGCACCAAGAGACACCCACGAAGCUCAGGUCCAAUUUGCUCUUGAACGUGGAGUUCCUGCAUUGAUUGGAGUUUUAGCUUCAAUUAGACUACCUUACCCUGCGAGAGCCUUUGACAUGGCUCAUUGUUCUCGCUGCCUCAUUCCCUGGGGUCAAUAUGAUGGGCUGUACUUGAUUGAAGUUGAUCGAGUUCUUCGCCCGGGUGGGUAUUGGGUUCUGUCUGGGCCGCCAGUAAACUGGGAAAACCACUGGAAAGGUUGGAGUAGAUCACCUGAAGAUCUUAAAGCAGAGGAGUCUACGAUUGGGACAGUAGCCAAAAGUCUAUGCUGGAAAAAAUUGGUACAAAAAGAUGACCUUUCUAUUUGGCAAAAACCCACUAAUCACAUCCAUUGUAUAGCCAACAGGAAGUUGCACAAGAGGCCUGUCUUUUGCCAGCCACAAGAUCCUGACAAGGCCUGGUACACCAAAAUGGAGACCUGUAUAACACCACUGCCAGAGGUAUCAGACAUAAGAGAGAUAGCAGGUGGGCAACUAGCAAAAUGGCCACAGAGAUUGACUGCAAUCCCUCCAAGGAUUAGCAGUGGAAGUGUGAAUGGAAUUACUGCAGAAAUUUUCACUGAAAAUACAGAGCUAUGGAAGGAAAGAGUAGCACAUUACAAGGAAGUUGACCAUCAGCUAGCUGAGCAGGGGAGGUAUCGUAACUUGCUUGAUAUGAAUGCUUACUUGGGAGGCUUUGCAGCUGCACUAAUGGAUGAUCCUGUGUGGGUUAUGAACGUUGCCCCAGUGGAGGCAGAUAUCAAUACUUUAGGGGUCAUCUAUGAACGUGGGUUGAUUGGAACCUAUCAAAAUUGGUGUGAAGCCAUGUCUACUUAUCCAAGAACCUAUGACUUGAUUCAUGCUGAUUCAAUUUUCAGCCUCUAUAAGGACAGAUGUGAAAUGGAAGAUAUUCUGUUAGAAAUGGAUAGGAUUUUAAGGCCAGAAGGUAGUGUAAUAAUUCGAGAUGAUGUAGAUAUCUUGCUAAAAGUCAAGAGCAUCGUAGAUGUGAUGCAAUGGGAUGCCAGAAUUGCCGACCAUGAAAGAAGUGCCCAUGAGAGGGAGAAGGUUCUUUUUGCAGUAAAGCAGUAUUGGACAGCACCAGAUCCUCACCAAAAUCAGCAAGAAUCUGAAACAGCUUCAUAGCAACGGCCUUUCACAGUUUCAUUGUUGUUCAAUAUUUUAUAAUUCUUAAAUCAUUUUUUAUUUGGGGGGUCAUAUACAUAGGUUUGUAUACAUCAAUGAAGGGUCCACACAUGCUUUGCUUAGAAAGUGCGCCUUUCAAUGGUUCCAGAAUCCGCUAUAAAUUGUAUCAAAAUGCCUCUAUGAUGGAAUUUCCCUGUUCGACUA